UGCGGUGCGCUCUGAUAUUUCAGUGAUUUCUUUCUUGUGAGAAUCAAAUGAUCUUGCUCUUCCUUUGCUUCUAAACCCUUUACUCUCUGACAAUGAUAUCUCUCAAACCCCUUCCUACCAAUCUCGAUUCCUCAUUUUUCCAUUCCUUAAUGCCAUUUAAAUCCUUCAAUCCCAAAACCCAGACCCUAAAAUACUCGAAAUCCCACUCCCAUUCUGCCGUCCAAUCCGUCCUCCAAUGGAAUAGGAAGCCCGAAUUGGCUGGGGAGACCCCACGCGUUGUCGUAAUCACCUCUGGCAAAGGUGGCGUCGGCAAGACUACCACCACUGCUAAUGUCGGUCUGUCAUUGGCUCGUCUCGGUUUCUCCGUCGUCGCGGUCGACGCCGAUGUUGGCCUCCGAAAUCUCGACCUUCUCUUGGGUCUCGAAAAUCGAGUCAAUUAUACUCUCGUUGAGGUUAUGAACGGAGAUUGCCGCUUGGACCAGGCCCUAGUGCGUGACAAACGGUGGUCCAAUUUCGAGCUCCUGUGCAUCUCGAAACCUCGCUCAAAGCUGCCAUUGGGAUUCGGUGGCAAGGCGCUAGUUUGGCUAGUGGAGUCACUAAAAACCAGGUCCGAAGGUUGCCCUGAUUUUAUAAUUAUAGAUUGUCCAGCGGGGAUUGAUGCAGGGUUCAUUACGGCCAUAACUCCAGCGAAUGAGGCAGUGCUUGUCACCACACCCGACAUCACGAGCCUUCGAGAUGCGGAUAGAGUGACGGGGCUGUUGGAGUGCGAUGGAAUUAGGGAUAUAAAGAUGAUUGUGAAUAGGGUGAGGACUGAUAUGAUCAAAGGCGAGGACAUGAUGUCGGUGCUGGAUGUGCAGGAGAUGCUGGGGUUGGCGUUGUUAGGGGUGAUUCCAGAGGAUUCAGAGGUAAUUAGGAGCACGAAUAGAGGAUACCCACUUGUGUUGAAUAAGCCUCCUACUCUUGCAGGGUUGGCUUUCGAGCAGGCUGCUUGGAGACUUGUUGAGCAGGAUACUAUGAAAGCUGUUAUGGUGGAGGAGGAGCCUAAGAAACGUGGGUUUUUUUCCUUGUUUGGAGUGUAAACAUGCUGCUAUUUGGUCACGUUAAAUUUGCAAGCUACGUUGGCUGUGACAAGGGGAGAGGUGAGCUGUGUACAGUUUGUCAGUUGGUGUAUUAUGUUUUGAUUUGAUGGGGACAUUUCUUUUAUUAGCUCUUGGGUUGCGAAGCUGCAUGCCCUUAUUGUUGAAUGAGGAUUGUUUUGAUUUAGUUAAUUUUGUCUCUUGAAUGGAGAAUGGUAUAAUGCUUAUUCUGUUUUCGUU